ACCUCUGCAGCUGGACCACCUGCGGCUGGUGGUGGGGGAACAUCGUCUGAAAUCGCAGGACAAACACGAGGCCAGGUUCCACGCGGAGAAGAAAGUUUUAAAGCCAUCAAGCGACUUAUAUUACCAGCGGUGUUUAUUCUUGUAUUUUCACCAGACGGACCCCACAGCAACGACAUAGCGCUGGUGGUAAUAUCCAGGUCGGGGCAAGGCGUCCAGUUCAACUCGCACGUGCGCCCGAUCUGCUUGCCCGACGCCACCGACAACGCUGGCAAGUGGUGCUCCGUCAGCGGCUGGGGGUAUCAGGCAGGUACAAUUAUUAUAAGAUACUAUUUUUUUCCGCCCGCGUAGUCCCUAAGGAACUGUGUAUUCAGAUAUCGAUUCAUAUCAUGGAUAUAAUAAGGAUGACGACUGAUUUUUGUUUGUUUGUCCGUCAGGUAGAGUGUUAAAAAAUAUUAAACACGUAUUUUUUUAUUUUUUUCGUAAUCAUAAAAUUGCGGCGCACAGUGGAAAAUGGUAUAACAAGAGCAUAUCAAAAAUACUUUUUACGAAUAUCAUAAUUUGUUUGAUUUGGUGAUUUUAUUAGGAUCUCAAAUAAUCGAAUUAUAAUAUUCAUUAAGUUUUUUUAUCGAAAAUGCACGAAGUUAUAUUUUUUUCAUAGGUAGAAGUACAUAGAAGACGGGAGUGCCGAACUCGAGUCUACGCAUAUACAUGUUUCAAAACCAUAUUGUGCAAUAUAUAUUGGGUACAUAUAUGCAGUAUUAUACAUUUUUGGAAAGGUUAUUUCAUGCUUAUUACGUUACAGCUUUUUAAUUUCUAAAGCAGCGACAAUUAUGUCAGUAAGUAAUUAAAAAGUGGCAUACCUUAUUUUUUACUUUUCUUUUUUUUCGUCUAAGGUUUUCAAUAUUACCCACGACUCCCCACGCGCAACUUUUUAUGUUAAUUGAUGGUCUAACUAUUCAGUAACAGAAUACAAAAAAAAACAGCUGCGGAAGUUUACGGUUUUAGAAAAUAUAAGAAAUAAUAUGUGAAAAGUCAGAAAAUAAAAAUCAGUAUCUUUUGCGGUUUACCACAGACACCGUUACAAGGACAAUAAUUAUAUUACUUUUGGAAUAUUUUAUUUAUUUAGCGAUAACAAAGGAAUCUUAUCAAAUUUGCACUCGUUAUGCGUGAGAAAUUACUAGAUAAUAAGAUAAUCCUAUUGGACAGCUGUCGGAAGACGCACAAGAGCCUCGCAACAAGACUACAGAAACAUGCGACUUCAUCAUGCCAAAAAAUGUUCCUGGUCUGCAUCAAAUGAAGAUGUCUUUAAAAUGCUUUUGUGCACAGAGCACAGAAUCGUUUGCACCAAUCUUGAGAGCCGCUUCUGUACCGGUCUUGGACUUAACCACGUGCAGAAAGAACCAAGUAUUGGGUGGAAGACAGCAAGCUAUUCUAGACUCUAUGUUGUGUGCAGGGAUAUUGUCUGGUGGUGUCGACGCCUGUAGAGGUGACUCGGGGGGUCCUUUAGCUUGUAAAUCUACGAACAAAUGGCAACUCCACGGGGUUGUAUCGUGGGGGUCAGGUUGUGCUAGGCGCGCGAGGCCUGGCGUAUAUACUAGAGUAGCUUCUUAUUUACCAUGGAUUAAAGCGACUGCUAAUGCUUUAGGUUAUAAAAUUGCUACAUAAAAUUAUGAAAAGAGAAGUAUGAUGUAAUCACAGCAAAUACCUGCUUUCCACAAAGGUUAAAAUUUUCAUAAUAGAUUUUGAACUAAUAGUCAACAAAUUAAGUUUAAAAAUCAAAUGAAAAAUAAAAUAUAGUUUGGGAAAACGUGAUAUGCUCUUGGGUAUAUUUGGAAUUCAACGAAUGCAAAGUAUAUUAAAAAGCAACAUAAAAGUUAUUACAACCGGACGACAUUUAUAUAUUCCGUGAGAGGGAUAAACACAAAUAACAAACAGCAGACACAUUUUAUAAUUUCUUGCAAAUUUCUUUCUUUAGUGUUAUAAAAUAUAUCUCAGUUUAUUCUUGCACGAAUUCUAGUGAGUUUUUACUCAUUACAGAUAAAACCUAAGAAAAAAUACGUUUUUAAAGAUAAAAACAAUUUCCGCAUUUUACUUUAAAUUUUACUUGAGUAAUGAGUAAAUAAAGUACAACGAUUUAUUUUUUCUAAAGCUUGCUUGUAAAUAUACAAUUAGAUUAUAAGUGCCAUUCAAAGCUAAUUUAAAAUUUCAAC